CUCUCUCUCACACCCUCAUUUUUUUGACACCUCCGGCCACCUCAAGAAAUUAUUCUCUCCUCCCCUCAGCUGCUGCAUCCCUGCUGUCGGCAAAUACCCUUUGACACUCUUAUUACUUCCUCUCCUUGAACAUCUCCGAGAACCCCUCUUAUCGGACUGCCCCUCCACAGCCUCUCCCACUUCGGCCCUUCCUCUUUCUUCUUCCCCUCUCGUCUCUCGUGUAAAGCUAUCUGUCUGUUAUCGCAGCGCCGGUACGUUGCAGGAAGACUGAUACCCCUCAAUACUUCUUGACGAGCAUACAGAACUGUCUUGAGUGUUCUAGUAAAGCUUAUUGUAUACAGUCAGCGCUGUUGAUAUAGACUCAUCAGGCCUUACCCCCUCCGUUUCCGACUUUUCUUUCAAAAUAAAGAGCUUUCACGAUACCCUCCCCGCAUAACAAACUCGCAAAAUCGACAUCGAUUACCCGGUUAGGAUUCUGUAUUCAAAAGAACGCUGCGGUGUUGUUUUUCGUGAGUAGUCACCUUACGGUUACAUAGAUCAUUCAUUACAUCCCCCUUCGUCAAACUAUUCAGUUGCGCCCACUCUGUAAUUGGCAUUGCAUUUACCCUUGAACGCGCGCAGAUAACUCCAAAUACACGACUCGGUGUUACUCUGCGCACAUCUCGAAAUUUUCGGUCCUAGAACGGAGACAGUAUCUGAAAUACUGGACUAUCCUAAAUUCGUUUUUUUUUUCCUCCCCCCACUUCAAAAGGCUUUUACAACUGCCCAGAAUGGCGCCCAGUCAGACCUCCAAGCAGAACCCCAAAAAACAGGAGGAAGGUCCUCCCGAUCUCAGAGAUUACCAGGAUAAGAUCGACUACACAACAUUUGAGCAGAUCCUGGAGAUGGAUGACGACGAGGACGAUCGAGAUUUCAGUCAGGGAAUUGUGUUUGGUUUCUUUGAGCAGGCGGAGGCUACAUUUGAAAAGAUGGAAUCUGCAUUAGCCGAAAACGACUUUAACGACCUUUCCCAGCUCGGCCAUUUCUUGAAAGGGUCAUCCGCCACCCUCGGCCUGACCAAAGUCAAAGACGCCUGCGAGAAGAUCCAACAUUGCAAGGAGGACUUGCCGGAUGAGAAGGAGGAAGCCGAGCGGGAGAAGGCUAUUGACGGGAUCAAGAAGACAUUGAACGAAGUACAGGUUGAUUACAAGGAAGUCGCCAAUAUCCUGCGACGAUUCUUUGGCGUGGAUCCUGUGCCUGAUACCACGGACGAGAAGAACGGUACGACCGAAGAGAAGAAGUCUGAGAGUCCCAAGGCAGAGAAGAAGUAAACCAAUACUUUCAUAUAAAUCAAACAACAGGGGAAGAAAGGUUCAAAAGCGUUACACAUCAUCAUCAUCAUCAUCAUCUUUUCAGAGGGAUUCAUCAAUCCUGUUCUCUACAUCUCAAACUGUCUGAUGAUUCAAAUCCCUUUUUGAAUAGACUUGCAUAUCUCUACUUAUUUAGUCAUAUCAUCUUCUCUCCUCCUUCCAUCCGCCUCUUCGCCCUCAUUUGUCUUUUUUGUUUCUUUGUCGUGUUGUGUAUUUGAGCUGUUGUUUUUCGUUCCAAAGCCUAGCGCAUAUGUGAUCAGGUGGCGCCGUACAAAUGCAGAGAGAAUAUAUCUUGCCUAUCUAUAGCGGGGUAUAUCAAGACUAAUUCAGUAUCUAUGUCUGUAUUAAGAAUAUAUGCGCAGUAGUAUCUAUUCCAAUGUAAUAGUAUCUAGUUAUGUAUAAAUAUACAUCUUUCACAUCACUUUUAUCCCCAUUGGAAAAGAGUAUCAAAGAUCAGUCCUUAUCCUUACCACCAUCCUCCUUCUCCUGCUUCCUCUCCGCCUCCUCCCUCCUCUCCUUCUGUCGUCUCUCAUGUUUCAACGCCUCCGUAACACGCUCAUCCUCCUCAUCCCCCCUCUCAUCCCAAUCAACAUCAUACUCUUCGGCCACCGUCUUAAUCUCUCUGCGCAAAGCAUUCGCCUCUUCAAUCAGGGAUUCCCAAACCUGCAGAUCGAUCCCGCGCGCCUGAUAGAGUUUUUGUUGUCGGCGAUUUACCGUAAAAUCUAGAGCGGACCGAUAGGAGAUUUCCCGGUUGUGGUACAGGAACCACGCGUAACCGCCCAUUAACGUGGAUAAACUGACAAGAUACGUAAUGGGUUCCAUGGUAUCCCAGCCGUAGUCGGUUUCGAAGGUGAGUUUGUAGACUAUGUACCACCAGGAAACCAUCACACCGAGACCGCCGAGGGCGACUCGUUGAGCGCCGCGGUGUGCCAGAACAUCGCAUUCCUGUUUGAUGAUGGCGAGGUUUUUCAAGUUUUUGGAUAUUUUACGAAGGCGCAUGCGCAGGUAGUACGUGCGGUCGUUGAAGGAGGGGACUGCGACGGGGAUUUUUCCCAGAGGUGAAUUUUCGAUUUCAACCAGAAAUUCCUUGACGCGUGCUGCGUCUCGGAUGAAGUCUCCGAUCUCCGUAGAUGAUGACCAUCGCACAAAGGAACCUUUGCGGAUUGCUUCUGUAUCCGCGUCUGUCUCUGUUUUGCGUCCAGUCUCAGGAUCUUUGGUGACUUCACUUUUUUCAUCGGGAAUAUUUCUCAAUCGAGCUAUUUGGGAGUCUCUCGUCGCGACUAGCGGUCGUUGCUCAUUAUUAUCUGACAAUUCUUUUUCCUCAUCAUUUGACUCAUCGACCCAAUUCUUAGCUUUGGGUCUUCUCGGUUGGAUUGUCUCGUCUUGGAUUUCGGCAGCUAGGAAGGAAACAUGUGGUGGACGCAGCUUUCCUUUCUCGUCUUUGAUGGGUGGGACUUCAGCUUGGAUCAGUCGUUCGAGAUAUGACAAAGGUUGUUGCGGGUGUAACAGGAGUGCCAAUGGUUCGACAUCUGCGUCGGUAAGCGAGUCACUCGCUAUAUAAGGUAAUGGCAAAUAGCAUACCUUUUCUGUCACUGUUAUAGUCUUGCGUCGUCACGGGGAGAAUGAGUUU